AUGCGCUUCGACAUCCUGUUGCUCCUUCUCACCUCGUUGAAACUUGUCUCCGCGCGACUCACCGCCAACGAGACCUCGGCGUACCUGCAACUCGAAAAUGACAGGUUUUUCGUCUCAGUGAACAAGACAACCGGUGGUAUCGACACCCUAGUCCUCGAUGGACAAGACUUGCUUGGCUCUGCAGCCUACAUUCCAUAUUCGCCUGGAGGCUCUUCGGGUAAUGGGAGGUAUGGUGUGGGCCCAUAUCUUGACUGCUACUGUAUCCCAGCCACCGGCCCAUCAAGCACUGGAUCGGGCUCAUACACACCUGGUUCGAUCGAUCCCACGUACCAACUCUUCCGGGGUGUCGAUACUCAUAAUGUCUCCUAUGGUGGUGUUUUGAUGAGUGAAGUGUAUCCACCUACCGGCCAGGUUCUGCAACAAUACUGGUUUCUCCGUGACGGGGAGACUGGCUUGCAUACAUUCAGUCGCAUCGCAUAUCACAAUUCUACCACGCCCUUCCUGCGCAACUUGCAGGAAUUUAGAACACUCUUCCGGCCCAGCACAGAGCUCUGGACCGAUCUCAUCACUAACGAAGAUCUUGCCUCGCCUAUGCCGAUCCCCAACCCUGCCACUGGCAACCUAACGAACGCGACUACCGUUCAGGAUGCGACUUGGUACAUCGGCAAUCGUACAGAUGAUCCGUAUGUGGAUGCAUUCGCGGAUUACUUCACCAAAUACACAUUCGCUGCAGAGUGGCGCGACCUGACCGCUCAUGGCCUGUUUGCAGACGGCUCGCAAAGCAAAGACAACUCCACUUUCGGCGCCUGGCUAGUGAUGAACACCAAAGACACGUACUAUGGCGGGCCUACUCACUCAGACCUGGUGGUGGACGGCAUCAUCUAUAAUUACAUGGUCUCGAAUCAUCACGGUGCGGGCACGCCCAACAUAACCGACGGCUUCGAUCGAACGUUCGGACCCCAGUACUACCACUUCAACAAGGGGCCCGCUGGUAGUUCGUGGAAAACGCUAUAUGAUGAAGCCGUCCAGUAUGCAUCUUCGUCUUGGAACGCCGACUUCUACGACACCAUCGCAGAACAUAUUCCAAACUACGUGCCUACGUCGCAGCGAGGAGCGUGGAAGGCCAAGGUCCAGCUGCCCGAAGGCGCGAAGAAUGCAAUUGCAGUGCUCUCCCAGAACGGUGUAGAUUAUCAGGACAACGUGAUCGACCCGUUGACUUACCAAUACUGGGCUGACAUCGACAGCAACGGCACAGUAGAAAUCGAUCGCGUGGCAGUGGGCACGUACCGGGUGACAGUGUACGCUGACGGCAUUUUCGGCGACUUCAUAGAGGAUGAUAUAGUCAUCAAAGCCGGACAGACGACAAACUACGGCACACUGUCAUGGGAGGCGGAGUCCGCAGGAACCGAGCUCUGGCGCAUCGGUGCCCCAGACAAGUCAGGUGGAGAGUGGCGCCACGGAGGAGUACCUUCCAACACUUCGCUUCAUCCUCCGGAAUACCGCAUUUACUGGGGCGCAUACGACUACCUUUCCGACUUCCCGGAUGGCGUGAGUUUUCAAGUCGGCAAAAGUGAUACAUACAAGGACUUCAACUACGUGCAUUGGUCCGUGUUUGGUGGAUAUGCAAACUCAAGGAGGCCACAACAGGUCGCAGGGCAUGGCGAGAUCAACAACUGGACCAUUACGUUCGAUGUCAAUCAGCAUGAUUUGGCACACAAGAAGGAUGCAACAUUCACGAUUCAGUUGGCGGGGGCUAAGACGGCCGCUGGCAAUACCGACACGUUCAAUGUUACACAACCUUGGAACAACGUACCGUAUGUCGUUGUGGUAAAUGGGCACGAAUUGGAGCCAUGGAUUAUCCCCUACAACCAGUCUUCUUCGUGCGCUACCCGAAGCGCCGUCACUUGUUACACAUUGAGGCACAAGUUCCUGUUCCCAACAAGCUAUCUAAGCAGCAACAUCACUAACCAGUUCGUGUUGAGCCUUCCGUAUAACGCUACGGACUACGAGAGUGCGCUGUUGCCGAGGAGUAUCUAUGUACAGUAUGACGCCCUGAGGUUGGAAGUCAAGUAA